AUGAGCUCGGUGGAAGAGAUCGAACGAUUGUUGACAGACGCGUUGGCGCCGACCGAACUGGACGUCGUGGACGUCUCGGCGUCGUGCGGGUCGGCUUUCGACGUGUCGAUUGUCUCGGCAAAGUUCACGGGCGUGGGUCGUUUACAGCGACAUCGCAUGGUGCACGAAGCGUUGGGGGACGUCAUGUCGCGCGUGCACGCGAUGAAGAUCGACGCGAAGGCGCCGUGA